AUGACCAUGACUUUCUCAAAUCCUCCAUUAAAUACGUACAAACAUUUAUAUGAUCUAUACCAAGAUACACUCAAAUGUCCAUGUUCAAAUAUGGUAAUGCCUUAUCAUACAAUCGUCUCCAUGUCCCCAACUUUUCAUCAAGUUUGUUCCAGUAGUUUCGUCACUGAUACCUGGAUUUCUGCGGCUUCUAGUGAUGGCAUUGCUAAUAAUCCCAAUGAUUGGCGUCUUAUAGCUGGCAUACAAUUUCGAUUGUUAUCAAGCCUUUGUAAAUUAGUUCAGACAACAGUCAAUGAUGCUAUCAACUACUUUGUUGCACAAUCGUUUAUCACUUCAAAUCUCCUGAACGAAGAUGAAUUCAAUGCUCAGUUAAAUGAAACUAUUAGCCAAUUAAUUGAAUCAACAAACAUUCGUCAUAAAAAAAUCAUUAAUACCAUGAAACUGUUCAUGGAAGUUGAUCAGCCUUUUGGAGGGGUCUACGGGGACGAUUAUCAAAGUACCAACGCACGACUAUGGCUCAAUUACUACACAAAUGAAACAAACGAGUCACAAUUUCCACAACUGAAAUUCAUCCUCUCUGGCCUAUUCAACUCAACAUUCGGUGAUUGUAUUUGUGCUACUAAUUUUUAUUGUCAAGCACCAUCUAAAAUCUAUGAUUUAAAACCAUACGAGGGUAUUGAAUUAACUACGAAUGUGCUUUAUUCCAUACCAGGCAUGUUUGCAAGUUGCUUUCCUGUUGAUUCACUUUUUUACUCAACACUCGAAUGUUUUUAUUCGAGUUCGAAUUGUCUACCAAUUCUAUUGAACUAUAUGAAACAGACUUCAUUAGGCAGUGAUUUUACAAGCCAAGCCCUCAUUUAUGAUCCAGUUUCUAGUCGGUUUCCCCCGAAUACCACGGUUUCAGCGAUUAAUGAAGAAUUAAUGGUCGAAAAGUGGAAUAUUUCCUAUUCGUUCAAUAUAUAUUAUGAAAAAUGUUUACCAUCCUAUUGUACUUAUUCUUAUAAAGCACAUACAGAUAAUUUCCUUGGUAUACUAGUAACAAUGAUAUCUAUGAUUGGUGGUCUUACUGUAGUGUUACACCUAAUCACACCUCAACUCGUCAAAUUCGUCUAUUACAUGCUUAGACCAACUGUCCAAAGACAAGAACAAGGUAAUCGUGUAUGA